AGGGUUUGUUAUUACAACGCGGCGGAUUUUCCGAAACUGCGAUCUAUCUUUACGCCAAUAUUCGAAGUUUUUGUGCAAAAACUAGCAAGAUGUCAGCCCAAAAGAAAUCAACAAAGGCUCGUCCUGCUCAAGAACAUCCUCCAUACAAGGAGAUGAUUAGAAAGGCAAUUGUGGAAGAACAUUCAGCUAAAGGAAUUUCUACUCAGAAAUGUCUUCGAUACAUUUGCAGCAAUUACAAAGUGGGAGUUAACGCAAGCCGACAUCUAACACAGACAAUCAGGCGCCUUGUUAUAGCUGGUUAUUUAGUCAAUACAAGGGGCAAGUAUGCCAAUGGUUCAGUUAAAAUAAGUACUCAGCAAACUCAGAAGGAGAAGGACCAGAGAAAAGCAGCAAGGGAAAAGAAAAAGGCCGCUAAAGCCACAGUUUCUGUCUCAAAGACGGUGAAGACCACGAAGAAACCAAGGAAGACGACGAAAGCAAAAAAACCAGCAGCUAAAAAGGCAACCACAAAGAAGAAAGCUGUAAAAAAGGUUACGAAAAAAACACCAAAGAAAACUACGAAAAAGCCAGCUGCAAAAAAAGUUGUGAAAAAAUCUGUUAAAUCACCAAAAAAGAAAACACAGGCAAAAAAAGUUGCUGCUAGAAAGAAGGCCACACUAAAAAAGACAACCAAGAAGUAACUCCACCACUCUCGAUUGUUUGCGAACUGAUAAUUUGUCAAGUCUGUUCAUUGUUAUAAAAAUAUGUAAAAUAUUCUUUCGUUUCUAUAUAUAUUGUCAUUUUUUGAACAAUGUUUUCGCUGUCAGAUUUUAUUUUCUUGGGUGCGUAUCAAACGACACCAAUCGAUCACGAUUAAGCCACAGUUAACCUUGUGCACAGACUUGUGAUUUGGUAAUACAAUUCUCAUUGUACACUUGUAUUGUUUUUUUAAUAUUUGAAAAAUACUGUUUAUAGAAGUUUUUGAAAUACAAUGGUUUCAAAAUUA